AAGUGUUUAACACCUGUCUUUGCCUUUUGUUUCCCUCUCAAGAUCCAUGAAUCAAACCUCCACUAAAUUUCCUUCUAACAGCUAAUAACAUUCCAUUUCUUGACAGUUUGUCCACGCCCCACUUUCCUUUCUUCCUUUUUGGGUUCUUGAAUCCUUGAUUUCCCACUUUUUCUUCCUUUUUUUGAGUGUUCUUUGAGGAAUUCAAGGCGGUUGUAAGUUUGGACUUGCCAAAAACAGUAAACAAAGAGAUGAUGAUGGGUCACUCGUAUCAACUUUAAACUUCAAAUCUCUAAAAUCUUUUUGAGAGUUUGAAAUCUUGUAGUAGUAGUAGCAUAAUUCUUGAGUUUUGUGCCACCACUUAGCUAGCUAGAUCUUAACACCUUUUAUUUUUCUCUUCUUGUUUUGUUUCUUCACAAUCUUGAAAAUCUUGCAGCAACCAUAAUUCUUGCUUUUUGCUUGUUACAUCAAUGCCAAGAAACAUGAUCGUGUGUAUGUGCCUCAUAAAUAUGCUAGAAUCUCUCAUUGAAACUCCAAAUCUUUCAAAUCCUUGAAAAUCCCUGGAAAACAUUUUUUUAUGCUAGUGAUUAUCUUGUUCCAAUCUUGAGAAUGCUACUAUAGGGUUAUUAGUAAUAAUUUUUAAAGGCAUUUUGCUGAACUGUUGGGAUUGUGAUAUAAUUUUAUGGAGGCAAAAAGCAGAGAGCAGCAGCACAGUAAGGUAAGAAAGAGAGGGAAUUCAUCAUCUUCAUCAUCUUCUUUAGUCCAAAAAUACAGAUUCAAGAGAGCAAUUCUUGUUGGAAAAAGAGGUGGGUCUACUACUCCUGUCCCAACCUGGAUGACAAGCUCAAAAUCUCCAACCUUGGCAAUGCUGAAUGCUGAGUCCACCAAGUGCACACCACCUCAAAAUGGAAGCAAAGCAAAAGAAGUCUCAGUUUCUGCAAGAAAAUUAGCUGCCACUUUGUGGGAAAUCAAUGGAAUGCCUUCUCCAAGAGUUAAGAAGAAUCUGGAAGACAAGAAAGAGUUUAGAAGCAGAGAAAAAGUUGCUAGGUUGCCACAUUUAUCAGAUCCAUCUUAUACUCCUUUUUCGGAGAGGAUGGAGAAAUCUAGAGGCCAUAGUCAUAGGGCAAGAACAUCAGCUGUUACAAAAAGACUUCAGCUUACUGAUUAUCAUCUUGGAGGUUUGGAUUCUGCUAGCAGUGACAGUUUGAUGGAGGCGAUUGAAAGUCAUCCAAAAGGCAAAUCUCGCACAAUUGGAUUUAAAACCUGUUUGAAGGAUGUUAGUGAUGGGAUAACCACCUCCAAAGAACUUUUGAAAGUUCUGAAUCAUGUUUGCGGCCUUGACGAGAAGCACCCAUCAGGCUUAUCUCUUGUCUCCGCCCUUCGGAUUGAGCUUAAUCGAGCCUGCAUUUUGGUCAAUCAAUUGAUCAAAGAACAUCGAUCAAACCACAAUGAGAUUGAGUACCUUAUUAAGCAUUUUGAGGAAGAGAAAGCAGCUUGGAAGAGCAAAGAGCGGGAUAGGAUUCGCAAUGCAAUAGCAUGCAUUGCAGAAGAGCUUGAAGUUGAGAGGAAACUACGAAGGCAAACAGAGAGAUUGAAUAAGAAGCUUGGGAAAGAAUUGGCAGAUACAAAGGUAUCUCUGUCAAAAGCAGUGAAAGAGCUUGAGAGUGAGAAGAGGGCGAAAGAAAUAUUGGAGCAAGUUUGUGAUGAGAUGGCUAGAGGUAUUGGAGAAGACAGAGCUGCGGUGGAAGAAAUGAAAAAAGAAUCUGCAAAGGUGAGGGAGGAGGUGGAGAAAGAAAGGGAAAUGCUUCAGCUUGCUGAUGUAUUGCGUGAAGAAAGAGUCCAGAUGAAGCUCUGUGAGGCUAAGUAUCAUUUUGAGGAGAAAAAUGCAGCUGUGGAGAGGUUAAGAAAUGAACUUGAGACCUACUUGAAGGAAAAGGCAGGUGCAGAAAACGGCGAUGGUUCUCCAAAUUAUGAAAGGAUUAAAGAGCUUGAGGCUUAUUUAAAGGAAAUCCAAUUCGGAUCAUGUCAGCAGGAUGAGAGGGAAGAGAAUGAAGGGGGUGCAAUAGGAAACGGAGAAGUUCAUGAUGGAGAUGAUUCAGCUGACAGUGAUCUUCAUUCCAUUGAAUUAAACAUGGACAAUAACAGCAGGAGCUACAAAUGGUGUUAUGUUUCUGAAGGUGAUGCUCCAGACAAUCCAAAGUGGUUUUCAGGAGGUAAAGAUUUCAAGGGAAGGAAGUCGAUCUCCGAUAAUAUUCAAUGGGGAAACAUCUGUUUGCAAACAAGAAAUUCCAAUGGUAUUGAUGGUCCUGAUUGUGACUUAAUCAAUGAAAAUCAGGGAAGUCUGAAUACGCUCUAUAGGGAAACGUUAUCUGAUCUUAGCUUCCAUUAUCCAGUACAAGAUCAUGAAGAUGAAAUCAAGAAAUAUAAAAUAUGUCAAGACUCUUAAAGACCAUGUAUUAUCUGGUUCUAAAAGAUCAUCGACACAGAACUUUUGCAGUCCGACUCCCGUGUGGUGGAAAUCCUUGCCUCUUCAGGAGGCUGGCAGUGUAGUUUCAGAUGAUAGUUCACCUGUGAUACAAGAGGAUAAUUUGAAGCCCAGGAUAGCAUGAAUGAGAGGUGAUCGUUGAAUUUCAACAAGCUCAAGACAUUAAACUAGUUCUAAAUUAUGUUUUCUUUUUUCUUUUCCCUGCAGAAAAGCAAUGCUUGCACUUUCUCCUAAAUAUUCAAGCCUUCCCACUGUCAAAUUCAUUUGCAUCAGUCAACUUCUAAAAGCGAAAAUGUAAAUACAAAUCAUUUACAAGCUAUAUGGAUCUGAGAUUACUUGUCAACCAA